CUGAACUUCCAGCGAAAGGUCGGGGUAAUGUACUGCCGGGCCGGGCAGAGCUCAGAGGAAGACAUGUACAACAACGAGAGCUCGGGGCCAGCGUUCGAGGAGUUUCUGGAUCUGCUCGGGGAGCGGGUGCGCCUGAAGGGCUGGGAGAAAUACCGAGCUCAGCUGGACAACAAGACGGACUCAACUGGGACACAUUCCCUCUACACGCGGUACCAGGACUAUGAGAUUAUGUUUCAUGUGUCGACUAUGCUGCCCUACACGGCCAACAACACACAACAGUUGCUGAGGAAACGACAUAUCGGUAACGAUAUCGUGACAAUCGUGUUCCAGGAGCCAGGAGCCCAGCCUUUCACUCCAAAGUCCAUCCGCUCCCAUUUCCAACAUGUCUUCAUCAUCGUUCAGGUUCAUGAGCCCUGCACUGACAACACCUAUUACAGAGUGGCUGUGACACGUUCAAAAGACAUGCCAUUAUUUGGCCCACUCUUCCCUAAGGGCGCCCGAUUCCCUCGCUCGCUUGCGUUCAGAGACUUCCUCCUGGCGAAGGCAGUGAAUGCUGAAAACGCUGCGGAGAAGUCAGAGAAGUUUCGCUCCAUGGCUACCCGCACGCGGCAGGAAUACUUGAAGGACCUGGCUGAAAACUAUGUGACCACCACACCCAUCGACUCCUCCACCAAGUUCCCCCUGCUCUCUCUGGGAGGCAAGCGCAAAGACAAGCUGAAGGGCGCCAAAGGUGCCGAGUUGCACAGCGCCGGGGCGCUGGUGUGGGCCGUGAUGGUCAACAUGGAUGAAGGGGAGGCGGGAGAGCACAGGCUUCCCUGUCUGCUUGGGGUGUCGGCUGAGUCGGUGGUGCUCAUUGAAAGGUGCACGCGCAGGGUGGUGUUUAACUGCUCCUGUCGAGAUGUCAUCGGCUGGAAGGCAGUGACAGAAACUAAGAUGGGGGGGCCCUGCUUGGAUAUCUUCUAUGAGCGUGGGGAGUCAGUGUCAAUCAGUGUGAUGGAGAGCCAGACGGAGGAUAUACGAGAGGUGGUGCAGAGGCUAGAGCUGGUCACCCGGGGCUGUGAGGCUUUGGAGGUCACCCCUCUGCGUGACGGAGUCGGGCAGCCCGGCUUCCUGAUGAACGAGGAGGGUUUUGUGACGGAGCUGCAGCGGUUCUGUUAUGCCGAGAGCGGAGGCCUUCAGUUGUGGGCUCGCGUGGUGCGCCUGUGCGGACACUCACUGGUUCACCUGACCCCCGAGGAGAGGACCAGGCUGCUCCGCACCGCGCACAAGAUCCACAUCACUGUCAUCCCACCGGACGAGAACGGCAAGCCUCGCAGAAGUUUCUCUGAACUGUACCAGAAAGCAAUCAAGGAUGCUGAGUGCAAGCCUGGCGAGGAUCAGUCUGGAGAGGCCUGGGUGCUGGACGAGAGGGAAGAAGAGGAGGAGGAGGAGGAGGAGGAGGAAGAGGAGGCAGAGAGGGAGGCGAGGGAGGACAAUCUGAAGGCGGGUGGUGUCAGUGAAGCGGACAUAAUAGAGGUCCAGGUGGAGGCCGAGGAGGGCGAUGGGCAGUCGUGUGAUAAAGGGCAAAGUGAGAGAAGUCACAGCUCGCUCCUCACACCGCCCAGCUUACCUUUGUUACGGGCCACUUCUCUGCAGGACCAGCCAGCCAAUCAGAGCCAGGAGGACAGCACCUCGCAGCUCACACGCAGCUGCUCUUUGGAGAGACAGCCGUCCUACGGGGACACGUGUGAUGGGCACGUGUACGACAAUGUGGGGCUGAAGGGGCACAUCUACGCGAACGUCGGCGAGCUGAGGGAUGCCACACCUGAUCUGAUCCUGGCUGUCAAACCCAAGGUCUCCCUGGAGGACGAACAGUUUAUGGGGGCUGAGUUUGGCGAGGACAAGGCUUCAGCGAGUGACUCCUCUUCCCGGCUGUCAUGUGUUGAUCGAGCAGAAAGAAAUUCACGAGCCCUAAGUCUUCAUAACUCCAUCACCAAGAUUCUUUCAGAGACGACAGAUUCGACUGAGGAGGAGUGGCAGUCCAUUGCUGACCUGGCCACAGCCUGCCGCAGCAUCCUGGAGGCUUUGUCACGAGAGGACCGUAAAGCCGGUGACCCCUCCCAAGCAGGAGACCAGACAGACGGCAAGCUGAAAGACUCAAAGGAGAGUGACUCUCCAGGCCACCUAGAAGAGAAGGUAUCGCAGCUGGAGGCCAUGCUGAGGAAGCUGCAGGAUGACCUGCAAAAGGAGAAAGAGGACAAGGCGGUGCUGCAGGCCGAGGUGCAGAGCCUCAGGCAGAACAACCAGCGGCUGCAGGAGGAGUCGCAGAGCACAGUGGCUCGCCUCAUCAAAGUCACCGAGCUGCUGUGCAACGUCAACAAGCCCUGUUAGCUCCACCACUGCACGCACAAACACACAAAUCAGCAGAAAGAUACAAAUCGAGCAGCGUGCGUGUGCGUUCAGUAUUCUUAUUUUGUUCAUGCAUACUUGCAAAAGCACCCCCACGCACAAGUAUUCUCUUCAAUCUGUGUUUUACCACAGACUCAAUCCUGAAUCCUGGAACCUGCCUGCUGGUGGGGGAGUAUGCAAAUCAACUAAUGAAAAAAAAUGACUCAACAUCCCAUGACUUUCAUAGACUGACCAAUGUGCAGCUCUUAGGCUGCUGUGUUGGUGUGCUAUGCCAGAGUGCUUCUCCAGGUGUAUAUGAUACAGUAUGUGCGUGGAAGUGUGCCGCAUGUGUGCGUAGGUGUGUGUGUGCGUCCGUAUGUGUGCAUCUCUUACUGUACCUUGCUUCAAAUACUUGACAAGCUCGGCUGAAUAGCACUUACAUAAAAAAGUGGCAAUUAAGACUGAGAGACACUGUAUAGCAUGUUUGGAGGUGUCUUAUCGGAAAUGACCAAAAGUGUAUAUAUAUCACCAAUAAUAUAUGUGAACAGUAGUAUUGCUAUCCUCUCUGCCAGACUGUGUAGUCGCAAUGUGUGAGUGUGGUUCUGCCUGGCGCUGAUAGUGUGGAAGGCCUUGAAACAAAACACAACAAGAAAAAGGGGGGAGGGGGCAUGACACUGACAAGCCUGCAGGCAGCCUUCUACUUCAAAAGACGUAAUGAUGCUAACUGACUCUCCUCAGAGCGAGGUCCGUUACAUAAGGACAACAUUCUCUGCCCUCUUCACUUCUCAGUAGUACUGUAUUUAAGAAAUUUAAAACAAAAUCCAUAAAUGAAAAGGACACACAAACUGGAAAUGCCCCCCCCCCCCAAUAAGAGAACUGAGCAUGCUUGUUCCUCUUGGAAGUAUGUAUGAAACCAAUAUUGAAGCGAUACUGAAAAGGGUCAUACCUCUGCUGAAGACACAGACAAUGGCAGGAAAGAGCUGCUUCAGUUUCCUUCCAUGAUUGCCUGUAGCUGUUUUCUUCUAACCUCACUAUUGUAGCAGCCAUACUGUAGAAGAUCUCCUCCUGCUGGCCAGAACCACAAAAUGCCAAAAGGCAGCUUUUCUUUCUUUCAGCUGGCAAAAUAGCUUUAGGUGUCUGAAUAAAACACCUUGAACUAAUAGUGAAAUACAGAGUAUUGUAUUUAAAUAUGUUUUGUGUUUGGCGGCUGUCUACAGUGACUAUUUUGGGUAAUUGUUUAGUAUGGCUUAUGAGUGGUAGCGGUAAGGACAAUAGGUGAAAUCUUACCAUUCCACCCUGAUGUGUGUUUCUGUGUGUUUCUGUGUCGUUCUUGCAUCUUUUUUGUUUUGUUUUGUUGUUGUUUGCUUUGGUAAAAUCAGCACUGGACAGGGCACAUACUGUACUCUAUUUAGCCUGCCUAGGUUAUGUCUUGCUCAGCAUAAGAAGGUGGAUAAGAUCUCAUCCCCCUGACACCACCUUACCUCACCUUUUUGUGUCCACUGCUGAUGGCGCCAAUAACAAACGUGUGUUCAGAGGAGUCAGACUGCUUCUCCUUAGUGCCAAUGAAAAAAGCCCUGGCAGCUCUCCCGAAUCCCAUUGAAAUCAAACAGAACUGACUUGACCACAAACUAAACCCCAACUACAAACUCUUAACUCUGACAAAAAGGGAUGCCAAACGUUCGCCAGUCACUCGGACUCUCUUGUUUCUUGUACAGACUUCCUCUUGUAAUUUUAUUUUAGAGUCACUGUGAAUACCUGGUACCAGCAUAUUAAGAUACAGUAUAUACAGAUUAAAUUAUGAAUCUAAACUUUAUCAGUAUGUGAAGACACUGUAUGUACAGCUGAAGUGUUCCAUGUUACUUAGUGCAUUGGGUUGUGUACGCCCUCCUUUUGCAGGAUGAUUAUGCAGACAAGUGUUAAUCGUGGCCAUGCAGGCUCCUGUUUCAUCUCCUGUACAUGCUGAAGCCUCAUGACUGAACAGGGAAAAUGUUGGUGUGAGAAGACCUGUUUUACUGUGUCUUGUAUAGUUAUUUAGAUUGUAGGAGGUUGGUCAAGCAUGAGAAUGUGCCAAGCAACUUCCAAGCUCCCCUCUAUAUGUGUGUAUGUAUAAAAAUGUAACUUAUUAAUCAUGCAAAUGUGGAUUUUCUUGUAGCUGUUUAAACUGGAGGGAAAUCUCGAGGAGAAAAUGUGAAUUACGGCAGAAAGGAAAGGCGGGCUUGGUUAUAAAUUUUAGUUUCUUUUGUAGAAAACCAACAACAAUAUGACAUGACAAAAUACUAUAGGCAAAUCUUGUGUAAUGAUACUAUGGUUCCUAUUAUCAUUCUAGUAUUGAGCUAUUUCAGCUAUAGCUCUUACAUAUUUAAUAAGGUCUUAAAACACCAUUAGGUACGCCUUAAUGAGUGAAACUCUUCUUUUAGAAUGGAUGGUCAAACUGGUAUUGCUGGUGUUAUGUGAAGGCUUAUUUCUCUGACUUUGUGCCUACAUGAAAAUGUAAUGUAUGUUAACCCAGCUUAGUGACCUCAUUUCUUUGUCUUUGGUUGCUUUUACUGAGGUUUUUUAGUGGCAGAUGAAGGAUUUUCUAAGAGACCGCCACAACAUCUGGUCUUUCAUCCGCUGUGCGAGGAAAAGUCAUUGAGUAACACAUGAUCCGACAGAAAAGAUAAUAAUAAUAGAUGUGUGUUGUUGGUCUGAAAAAAAUCACUGAAGCUCAAUGAGUACCACCGAUUGUUCAAAGAAGCAAACCGACAAAUAUAUGGUGAUGUUUAAAGGGGAAUUAAAAAGGGAAAAGGUGCUUAAAAUGACUGAUGAUGAUGCAUUGAAAUGAAGUUUAAAUGAAUGUGUUGAAUGGCGUAUGCUUCCCCUAAGGGAUGAUUAUUUUGGUAUUUAAAUAUUUAAAAAUAAAUUGUCUCAGAAAAUCAAAUGGAGUAUUUGAAAAAAGAAAUCUGAUUGUGGCUGAAUGACCUAAAAUGGAAAAAAUGGGGGAGGUGAGGGUCAGCAGUAUUUUUGGCAUCACGUGCUACAUCCACUUGAUGUAAUCUGAAAAUGCAACAAUCCACAACUGAUCUCAAGCAAAGCUGAUCCAGGCGUAUUGUCAGCGCAGUGACAAAUUGCCUGAAGGCAGAUAAUGUUAUAAAGAUAUCUGUGCAGCUGAUAUGAUGGGACGACUGUGAGAGGUGUUUGUCAUUCUGUUUUGGUUUGAGGAAGACAAACAACUCAAAACAAAAGAAAAGCAAAUAGCUGGAAUCCGAGUGAAUCUUCCAUUUACUCACCGACACAGAGAAGCAGAGAGAACAUGGUUGUCCACAAAGCAAGAUCACUGUGUUUUAAUUGGUUGGAUUGGUGCUUGAUGGGAAAACUACUCCAUUAUCUUACAGACACAGCAGCAGAGACGCUGCACAACAUAAGAUGUAAAUGUCACUUUAGUAAGAUUUUAAUUAACUAUUGCUCACUCUACACCUCUAUUCACUUUUCAUUCAGCAAAAAUCAAUGAAAAUAAAUAUUAAGAGAGUU